UCGAAGCCCUAAAGAAUAAAAUGAUUACCCGUUCGAUCAUUGCUUCCACUGCCAAACUUCGCAAGAUUUAUCAAUUAAACUGGUAUCAUUCAGCUGCUUCAAUCGAUUCUUCAACAAAACCCCAUCCGUUUAAUUUACUUGAUCAUAAAGACUGGUUAAGCCCAAAUGAAGUCGUCAAGAUUUUCGAAACCCUAAAAGAUCCCAAUUCGACUCUUACUGUUCUAAAUCAACUCUCGAAGCGGAAGGAUUAUAAGCCCAAUGAAGCUCUUUACGCAUCAGUGAUAGAUAAUCUUUCAAAAGCCAAGAAUUUUGAUGGGAUUGAACAAGUGAUGAAGUUAAUCAAACUUGAAAAGGGGUGUCGGCUUUCUGAUGGGUUUUUCUACAAUGUGAUCAGGAUUUAUGGGCUGGGUGCAGGUCGAAUUAACCGAGCAAUCGACACCCUUUUCGAUAUGCCAAGUUAUGGCUGUUGGCCGACGCCAAAAACGUUUAAUUUUGUGUUGAAUUUGCUAGUGAACACUAAGCAAUUUGAUGUGAUUCAUGAGGUUUUUAUGGCUGCUGGGAAAUUAGGUGUUGAGAUUGAUGCUUGUUGUUUGAAUAUCAUGAUCAAAGGCUUGUGUAAAAAUGGGGAUGUCAAUGCUGCACUCCAAGUGUUUGAUGAAUUUCCUAAACAGAAUUGUAAGCCUAAUGUGAGAACUUUUUCGGCUUUGAUUCAUGGGUUGUGUGAAUCCGGUCGUAUUGAAGAAGCAUUUUCAUUCUUGGAGAAGAUGGAAACAGAAGGUGUCGAUCCUGAUACAAUCUUGAUAAACAUACUGAUUUCGGGUUUAAGGAAGAAUGGUAGAAUUCAAGAAAGUAUCGAGCUUUUCAAUAGAAUGUUGCUAAAAGGAUGCGAACCAAUUCCUAGUUCCUACCAAGAGGUUCUGUAUGCUUUGCUCGAUAGCAGAAAAUACGCCGAGGCUAUAAAUCUAACACAAAAGAUGUCAUCCAAGAAGAUGGUUCCAAGUUUCGAAUCGUAUAAAUUGAUGAUCAGCGGUCUUUGUGAAGAAAACCUCAUGUCAGAUGUUAAUUUGGUUUUGAAGCAGAUGAUAGAAAAUGGUUUUGUGCCAAAAAUGGCAAUGUGGAGGCAGAUUCUUCAGUGUAUGCUAUCUGGCUACUAUCGGAGCAGCUGGCAUCAUCAAGAUAUGAUCCCGAUUUGGUGCUACUGCCCACGGAUUCGCUGUCCUUUUGGACCCUCUUCUUCCCCUUUCUGGGUUCCCAAACUUGUGGGAUUUCUGUUCCUGGAUGGUGAACCCAUAUGCUGGUCUGUUGUUGCCCUUUAACAUCAACGGGUUCAAAGUCAUCUUCCACUGGUGUAGAUUUUUCAAAAAGCUCACCAGAGCUAGCUCCUUUCUUGGCCGUUUCAGGUGCGGAAGAUUUUGUCAACUCAUUGCUUGAUGCAUCCCCAUCACAUGAUGGUUCACUUACCUAUAUAGAUUAAAUACCAUUUGGGUAAUUGUAUUAAUUAGGGAAUGGUAUUCAUAAUGAAUAAUAUUCAUCAAUAUUUAGGGUAA